AUGCCUUUCUUCUCCAGUCCUUUCGACGGCGCAGAACUUUUUUACCGUGACUAUAAACCAAGUUCUCGAGCUACCACGUUUCAUGCGAACCCACAGUACCAAGAAAACGAUGAUCGGACAUUAGUUUUUAUUCAUGGUUGGCCGUAUUCUUCACUUGCGUACGAGGAGGUUAUCGUACAGCUCUGUGAGACUUACAGAUUCCGAUGCAUUGCCACAGACCGCAGAGGUUUUGGCAAAAGUGAGUGGAAUGGGCCUUGUAUGGCUAAUUUGAAGGAUAUCGACUACGAUGUCUUUGCCGACGACACCAUCCACCUAAUUUCAUCUCUUCUAAAACUAAAGUCAUUCGUUCUGGUUGGCUCAAGUAUGGGCACCGGCGAGACUCUUCUGACUUGGUCACGAAGCACUUAUGUCCGAAAACGCUGCAAAGGCUUUGUGUGGGUUUGCCCUUCAAUGCCACAUCCAAUUCAAUCGGAGCAAAACCCCUUGAUGGCACCACAGGAACUAUGGGACGAUAUUGUUGCUGGAUUCAGAAACUCAAGAGCAGAAUACACAAGAACCGCACUUCCUGCUGCUCUCGUACACGACGAGGCUACUCAGCUACCUCCCUCGGUACGACAGCGCUACGAAUAUAUUGUCGGCGAGGCUGAUGCGAUUGGCGUUGAACAAUGCGUCAAGAUAAUCACGACUUACGAUUUCAGGCCCCUGUUGGAGAAACUUGCAAGCCUCGAAGGCGAUCAGCCCGCGGUGUUGUGUCUCCACGGGCAAUUUGACCCAGGAAUGCCGUAUGAAGCGAGCUCGAAAGUGAUUGGGGAAAUUGUUCCGCGAGCGCAAGUGAAAGUAUACGAGAGAGCGUCGCAUGCUCUACAAAUCACAAAUCGCGAUCAACUGAUCGAUGAUAUUGUCAACUUUUUCCGAAAAGUUUCAGUCUAA